GUCCGAUGACAGCUAUCGAUGCACACAAUGACUAACAAUGGACGGGUUGUGACUUGGCAUCCAGAUUCGCCAUGAGAACGAUACUGUUGCAACAUGUGCCCACCAUAAGGGAGUGUGGUCCUGUUCGUGCUGUGUUGUACUCGCCCGUGUUCACGCUCUGUGAAUUACUACACAGACACACUGCCACACAACUCAAUAAAAUCGUCAAGAAGGUGGAGGAGAUAACCUUGGAUAACUGCCUGCGCAUGAGCAGUGACAGUGUCAGAGGAGUUGAGGACAUGUCGGCCCUCACAGACAUGCACUUGGAAGCCAUUCUGCGCAACAUCUGUGUCCGUAUGCGCGAACAGAAGAUAUAUACGUUUGUGGGAUCAAUUGUGAUCGCCAUGAACCCCUACAAGACGAUUGAGGGUAUGUACACAGACGAGAUGCGGAAUCAAUAUGCUAAUGCACGACUGGGUGACUUACCACCGCACGCGUACGCCAUCUCCAGGGAAGCGUACUGCCGCCUGCAGGAGAAGGCAGAGAACCAGGUAGUGCUGAUAAGUGGCGAGUCUGGUGCGGGUAAGACGGAGACAGCUAAGAUACUAAUCCAACACCUGUCGAUGAUGUGUGGGGGUGGGGUGGGCCAUAUCCUACAACAGAUUAAGGAUUCGUCACCGCUGUUAGAGUCUUUGGGCAACGCUAAGACCGUGUACAACAAUAAUAGUUCGCGAUUUGGAAAGUUCAUCGAGAUUCAAUACGACACACGCUAUCAGAUCAACGGCGCCCGAACCUCGGAUUAUUUGCUGGAGAAGUCCCGCGUCACUAAACAGAACAAGGGCGAGCGCAACUUCCACAUCUUCUAUCAGCUGGUACGAGCCACUCCUCCGCAACUCAAAGAGAGAUUCCAACUGGGCCAGUGCGAAGACUUUCACUACCUCAACCAGAGCGGGUGCACAGGAGUGGACACUAUCAAAGACGACAAGCACUUCGCAGAGUUCCAGCAAUCCAUGACCAUUCUCAACAUGGCGCCACAGGCACAGACUGAUCUGCUAGCCAUUUUGGCGGGAAUCCUGCAUCUGGGCAAUGUGUCCUUCACCAACAAAGCAGGUGCCAAGGUGGCGGAUAGGCAAGCGCUUGUCAUAGUCGAAGAUCUGUUAGGCGUCAGUGCCUGCGCUCUGGAGUCAGGGCUGACAACCAAAACGCUCAUCAUGCGUGGUGAGAAGGUGGUGUCUAACCUCAGCGUGGACCAAGCAGCGGAUAGCAGAGACGCCCUGGCUAUGAACCUGUAUGCAGGCCUGUUCAAGUUUGUGGUGGGACAUAUCAACUCGGUCAUGAUGAGCGGGGAGAAGCAGUUCAUUGGGGUGUUGGAUAUAUUUGGGUUCGAGAACUUCGAAGUAAACUCGCUGGAGCAGUUCUGUAUCAACUACGCCAACGAGAAACUGGCGCACUAUUUCAACAACCACAUCUUUGGCAUGGAACAGGCCGAGUACAAGCUCGAGGGCAUCAGAUGGGAUGCCAUUGACUUCAAAGACAACUUGCCCUGUUUGGAACUGAUUGAGGCACGCAUGGGAGUGAUAGCCCUACUCGACGAGGAGAGUCGAUUCCAAAAGGCCACCCCCGACACACUGAUAGAAAAGCUCAAGCAGAACCACAACAAGCACAGCUACUUCAGUGAGCAAAGACUGCGUAAGGAUGCGUUUGGAGUGGUGCACUAUGCCGGCACUGUGGUGUACGAUGUGAACUCGUUCUUGGACAAGAACCGAGACACGUUCAAAGACGACCUCCUGGAGGU